AUGGCAACCUCGGCGUCCUUUGACGUAAUCGGCACCUGCUUCGAAUUCGAAGUCCCCAUCACAGCCAUCCACGACCGCCUGGGCGACAAACUGUCCACUGCAAGAUGCGACCCAAAAACACUCUUCUUCGCGUGGUUCUACGCCGCCCAGCGCGACUUCACCUACGUCUCGCUCGCCGGGGCGUACAAGCCGAUCGCCGAGAUCCUAAAACUGACGUUCAAGCGCGCAUGUCUGAUCGUCGACCUGCCCGCCUCAGCCGUCAGCGACGACGACGUCGCGGCCAUCAUGACGGCAUUCAAGAGCAUGGGGCCGCGCGAGGGGCUGAAAGAGUGCUUUGAUGGUCUGAGAGAGGCUGGCUGGGACGUCUAUGGCGUUACGAACGGAGGUGUAGAGACUUCGCUUGCUUACUACCAUAACGCGAAUAUUGAGCUUGAUGAGCAGCAUCUGCUGUCGUGCGAUGAUCUGCAGAUCGCGAAGCCGGAUGUCAAGGUCUAUGAGCGCGCCCAGGACCAUUUGACUAAGCAGGGGCUCGGGCACAAGGGCGAUGGGAAGAGGUGGUUUGUUGCUGCGCAUGCGUGGGAUUUGAUUGCGGCGAGAGCGGCGGGGUUCAAAACGGCGUUUUUGGAUUUCGAGGAGCAUGAUCCUGUUACCGAGGUUUUUGGCGAUUUUGAUCUGUAUGCGGGGAGUAUGAGGGAACUGUUGCAGAAGCUGACGGAGGCGAAGUGA